GUGGGAUGAUAACAGAUUUCCUUCGUCCACUCGAAACACUGCCAUCUACGGACCCAGAAUUCGAUGCAACGGUCAAAUGCGUACUUGAUCUGGCGCAAAGGACGUUUGGGGGGUCUCCGAUGAUUAAAGCAUUGCGACAGGCUGAUGCUCAUCUAGUUUCGGCAGAACCUACUCAAGCUACCGGGAGCAGCACGAUGAAUGACGAUGCCAUCCAAGAUCUGAUCAACGACGACGAUCCUCUCGAAACCCAAAUUUCAAAGGAACCCGUGUGGGAGGUGGAAGCAGUGGCGCAAGAUACGUUAGAACAAAUUAAAAAAACGAUAUCUCACCUUAUUGCCGUAUCUGGGCGUGGUCCAAAGUCUCUCAAGCAUCGCUUCUUGAAACAAAUACGCUCUAAAUCUCCCGUAAUUGAAGCUGUGACUUCGGCCAUCCGGUUACUUCAAGAAGUGCGAUGCGCAACUCAAUCUCUAUAUUCUCUGGCUGUCACGCAGACUGAAGUCCAAGGGAUAAACACGCUCAUUAACCAGAUCCAAGAUGCACAAGAGUGGGUCCACACCCGGCGUGGUUGUGCCUGCUUGCUGAAUUCCUACCCUCUGCAGGGCUGUGGGUAACCUCCUCGGUGCGCUUCAAACCUCUCAAACAGACUCUUCC